UCUGAAUGUAUAUAUAAGAAUAUAUAGAACUAAUAUAGGCAUAAAAAUCAUGAAAUUCAUGCGCAGUUGAAUUUUAUAUAGCGUCUAGGUGUGUUAUUAUAUUUUAUAGUGCAUUUGUCACUUUUGGCAUUCCUUUGUUAAUUUAACAGCGGGUUUAGUACACAGACUGUUGUACGUUUUUAUAGCGUAUAACUAAAUGUGUGGGUUAGCUUGCUACUAAUAUUAACAUUAAAUUAAUGUAAGACUUUAAUGCAAAAUUAUUAUUUCAGUGUGAAAUUAGUAAUAACUAUCAAUUUAUCGCUUUUACAUUUAUAAAACCUAAUAUAAAUGUUGAACUCAAUGGCAGCACGGUUAAUUAAAUUCAAUCAGACACACUAGUGCUUUCCAAACUAUAGCUUGUCAAAUGUUUUGUUUUGAUUUUAUGGGUAAACUUUAAAAUAACAUCUCCCGAAUUAGAUUCUGUUUAUAAGUAGCACAUUAUUGACUUUUGAUUUUAUUUAUACGGGAAUUUUAAAUAUGAGCAGCAAUACCAGUAGCGUGCGGGCAUUACCACAAUCGAAAGAAGCAUUAUUGAAAUCAUAUAACACACGUCUUAAGGAGGAUGUACGUAGCAUGCUGGAGAAUUUCGAAGAGAUCAUCAAACUAGCACGCGGUGAAGGCGAUUCACAAAUUUCUAAGACGACACAAUGUGAACAGGACACUUAUGAAAUGCAGGUGCGCGCGGCGAAUAUCGUACGCGCCGGAGAGUCACUCAUGAAGCUUGUAUCAGAUAUUAAACAGUAUUUAAUUUUAAACGAUUUUCACUCCGUCAAUGAGGCGAUCACAAACAACUCACAGUUAUUCCGUUCGAAACAAUUGGAAUGCGAUAAGAAACUAAUGAAAUUGCGCGAUGAAAUGGCAAUGGAUUUGUAUGAUCUCGAAGAGGAAUAUUAUACUAGCAUAUUUAAAUGAAAAUAAAAUAAUAUUUAAGUGCAAAAUACAAAUUAUUUUUAAUUAGCAUACAAAAAUAUAAUAAUUU